AUGAGGUUGCACGUGUUAGGGACACUUUUGUGUCUCUUGUUCGUCGGCAUCAGAUCGAACCCCAUUCAAACGAUAAUCGUUGCUGACGAUGUCUCGGUGGGAAGAUCGAUCAUCGAUGACGUCCGGAAAUCUGGACUCGACCAGGAAGCCACCACGGGCGUGUUCGAAAAACCGGAAAUAACCGAACAAGCGGUGGAAAAAGAAGAGCCGAUAGAAACUGCGAAGAAAGAGAUCGUCGCUGUGGUGAAAGAAGAAAAAUUGCCCAAGCAAAAAAUCAAAGUAACCGGAAGACAAUCGUCGGACGAUGAUGACGACGACGACGAUGACGACGACGUCGACAUCGGCUUGGGAGACGACGACGACGACGAUGACGACGACGAUUCCGAGACUGAAAGCGCUUCGGACGAUGAUGACGAUGAUGACGAAGGCGAUUACUUCGAGAGACUUUUCGAUGACAUUUUAGGAGACGACGACGACGAUGACGACGACGACGACGUGUCUCCAUCUAGCGGAUCCCAGGUGCAAACGCAAGCAGCUGCCGCCGCACCGGAAGUGGCCGCAGCCGCCGUUCAGACGCCCGUGGAAGAGCUGGACGCGGCCGAGGAAGCAGCAGGAGAAUCCGAAGGUUCCGUUGACGGUACGCAAGCGCAAUCAGCCGACGAACAACAACAACAACAGACAGACCUUACGUCAGACACCGUAAUUGACAAAGACCCCACCGACGACAAUAACGUUUUGUCGGCGGCCGACUCGGUGGCCCAACCGGUGGUCGUCGAGCCCGUUCCGGCAAACGACUCGACUCAAAACGACGACGACGAUGACGACGACGACGACGAUGACGACGAUCUCGCCGGGUUGAGUGACGAUGACGACGACGAUGACGACGAUGAUGACGAAGCCGCCGACGACGACGACGAUGAUGACGAGGAUGACGACGACGAGGCCGAUCUGGAAGACGUGAUCGAGGCGAGGCGAGCACGUUCGAUGACGAACUCGAACAUGAUGCCGAAAAUGCCGGCCAUUUACAUAUCCAAGUACAACCGAUUCGUGGACAACAUAAUCGGCAGGAUCAACAGGAUCCUGGGCAAGUCCUACGACCCCGUCAGGGUUAAACUUCAAUCUAACGAGUCCGCAAAAACGACGACCAACAAAAACAAGAAAAAGAAAAGCGCGUCGAAGAAGAGGAAGAACAGCAACCAACGCAACAGGGCGACGAACAAAAUGGGCGACGUCUCGAUCGCCCGGGCUACAGAGAGCGAAAGCAGAGAGCCCGCGUUCAUAUUGAUAUCGAAAGUGGGCGAAUCUUCGUCGGGAUACCCGAUCAAAAACAUCACGGUGAGCACUGAGACCAGGGCCGCCCCGGCGCGACCGUCGAGCAACAAGAACAAAAACAAAAAAGACAAAAACAAGACGAAAAAAGGCAACGCGGGCAAGCAGUCGACGAAGAAGAGCCCCAAGGCGCGCGCCACUCUGUUCGGGCUGAGUUCCAUCAAGAGGGAAGGGGAUGUUUCCGUGAACAUGCUGUCGGACCACACCACCGUGAAAACCAACUUCGUCUUGGGGCCGCUGACGUUACGAGUCGAGAGAGAAUUUGGACGUGGAGCCAAGAGGGAGCUAAAAAGUGCCACGGCCACGACCGCCGAAAUGUUUGGCAGACUUAACCUGAGGAUAAUGCACGGCGGAGCUGCCACUUUACAUUCGAUCAGAGUGUUGCAACCCAAACAGGUGCGUGUGGACAGCGCAGACAACCACGAAAAAACAAAAGAAUUCAUGUGGAAAAGAAGUUCGAACAUCGCGACGAUGGUGUCGCAAAAAUUGGCGUCGGCCGCCAGAUCGAUGUUAAAACCCCCGCCAAAAUCCUAA